CUUCCUGGCCAGUAGAAAUGUGCAUGGACUAUCCAUAACAGGAUAGAGAGAGAAACUCGAAGCUCAGCUGCUUCUCUUCUAACAAUGGCAGUUUCAUCACUCUCUCUCAAUUUCGUCUCUAAGCCAUUCACACACAACUCAGGAGUGCGCGGUUGGAUUAGCCCAGCCGAAUGUGCCGCAGUUUCAACCACUAAGUGCUCGAAAAUCGCGUCAUUCGAUGAAGAAACUCAGUGUGCUGCUUCUGGAAAUUGCAAAAGGAGAGAGCUUAUACUUGGCAUGGGAGCCCUCACAAUGAACACUCUCCGACAAAGCCCCCUUCUAGCAGAAGAGAUACCAGAAAGGUACAGUAUAUAUGUCGACAAAGUUGACGGAUAUUCGUAUUACUAUCCCUCAGAUUGGAGAGACUUCGACUUCAUAGGCCAUGAUUCAGCGUUCAAAGACAAAUCACUACAACUGCAAAACGUGAGAUUGAGCUUCCUUCCAACGACCAAGACUGACAUCCGUGAACUAGGACCAAUGGACGAGGUCAUUUUCCAUCUCACGAACGACGUAUACUCAGCACCAAAUCAAAUUGCAGAUAUAUUGGACAUGCAAGAGAAAACCAUCGAUGGCAGAAACUACUGGACGUUCGAAUAUGUACUAACCUCCCCAAAUUUUUCAAGAGCAGCUUUUGCAACCAUCGCCAUUGGAAAUGGAAGAUACUACACGUUGAUAGUCGGGGCAAACCAGAGACGAUGGAGGAAGUACAGAAACAUGCUGAAAGUGGUGGCUGACUCUUUCAAAGUGAUGGAUAUCGAAAGUGCUCUAUGAUCAGAAUUUCAUAAGGAGUUGUUGUAUUACUAUUAGUCUGUGUAUAAUAUGGUGAAAUUCUUUAAAGCAACAUGUUAAUCUUGUAUACCAAAUAAACUACUCAAGAUACAUUUUUCAGUAUAUAUAGCUCUCUUUUGAUGCA